UUUACCUCCCUACACACACCAGACACGUGCCUUUUGUCUCUUACCAAUCCGUCUGCCCAUCAUGGUGCGUCCAGACUCGUGGGACGACAGCUACGAAGACGACGAAUGGUAUUCCAGAAAAGACCGCGUCACGGCCAGCACUCGCCAUGUCCGUGCCGCAUCUCCUCUGCCAACACCACAAAGAGUCCGCGACGACCAGAUCCUUCGACCCGACUACGGCCGUCGCACAAGUGAGUUCUUGGCUCCUGAAGUCCACUACACAACCAGCCUCCAUCGCACUCGCUCCCAGGGUCACGCGCCAGUUCCCAAUGUGACCAUUUACAACACCUCUCGCCUAGACAACGAGAGCAGCCCUCAUGUACGCACCGAGCAGAAGAGCCGCGAGGACAGCCCGCGCGGUCGUCAAGAGACCAAGCGUAUGCCCGGUGCUUUUGAGCUCGAAGAGGAGAUUAUUGCAUUGAGGAAAGACCUGAAGAAGGAGCAUCGUUCUCGUUCCCGACACGAGUACGAGCAUCGCGUGCCAGAGACCGACAUUACCGACAAGAUCAAGUUGACUCUGGCUGAGCAGCGUCUCAAGGAUCUUGAAAUCGAACGAGAACGGUCUCGACACGAAAGGGAACGAGAGAGGUCUCGGCAUGACAGAGACCGAUCGAGGCACGAGUAUGAGCAUCCUCGCGCGCCAGAGACUGACAUCACCGACAAGAUCAAAUUGACCUUGGCCGAGCAACGUCUCCGGGACCUUGAGAUUGAACGUGAGCGGUCUCGACACGACAGAGACCGAUCGAGGCACGAGUAUGAGCAUCCCCGCGCGCCGGAGCCCGAUAUCACCGACAAGAUCAAAUUGACCUUGGCCGAGCAGCGUCUCAGGGACCUUGAGGUUGAGCGAGAGAGAGCCAGACAUGUGUACGAGCAACCUCGUUUGCCUGAACCCGACAUCAAUGACAAAAUCAAGUUGAGUCUGGCCGAGCAGCGUCUCAAGGACCUCGAGAACGAGCGCGAGCGAGAACGAAUGGAGCGAUAUCAGCUGCAGCACCAGCGUCACCACUCGCGCGAUCACAGCGCUGAAGACAAGGUGAAGCUAGCUCUCUCUCAGCAACGACUGAAGGAUGCCGAAGAAAAGCUUGAGAGAGAACGACAAGAGGACGAAAUGAGAAAUCGCGAAGAGCUCAUGCGGCGCCGAAUGGAGCUUGAUUACAUUACAGAUGCAAGGGAACGCGAGCGUGAGGAAGACAACCUCCGGAGGAUGGAAAAGAACAUGCGCCGCGAUUGGGAACUGCAACGGGAAAGGGAAGAACGCGACCGCGAGCGACGCGAGGCCGAAGAGGAGAGAAAGCGUGCUGCCAUUAUUGCCGAAAACAGAGCAAAGAUGACUCGAGAGCAGAGAGAAGCGGCUGAGCAGCGCGACAAGAUCCUGGCCGACUUGGAGAAGGAAAAGCGGGAGCAGGAAGAGGAGCGUAAACACAUUCUUGCAGAGACCCGACUGAGACAAUUAAAAGAUAAACACGAUGCAGAGGAGCAACGCGAUAAAAUUCUGGCCAACCUGGAAAGGGAGAAGCGCCAGCAAGAAGAAGAGCGCCAGCACAUUCUUGCCGAAAGCCGAAUGAGGCAAGCAAGAGAGGAGCGCGAGGCAGAGGAACAGCGCGACAGAAUCCUGGCCGAUAUGGAAAGAAAGAAGAGGAAAGAGGAUGCCGAGCGCCAGCGUAUCAUCGCAGAGAAUACGGCCAAGCUCGAAAAGGAGGCACGGGAACGCGAAUUUCAAGAAAAGGCCAGAGAAGAAGAGCGUAAGCGUAUCCUGGCUGAAAACACAGCCAGGCUCGAAAAAGAGGCACGCGAACGUGAACUGCAGGAGAAAGCCAAGGAAGAAGAGCGAAAGCGCAUCAUUGCAGAGAACACCGCCAAGCUCGAAAAGGAGGCGCGUGAACGUGAGCUCCAGGAAAAGGCCAAAGAAGAAGAGCGAAAGCGCAUCAUUGCCGAGAACGAGGCCAAGCUAGCCAAGCAAGAAAAGGAAGCGAAAGAAGCACAGCAGCGUGCUGUUGAAGAGUAUCAGAGGAAGAAAGCUCAAGCCGAGGCAGAAGCUCAGGCAGAGCGUGACCGUAUCAUCUACGAGUAUGAGCGCAAGAAAGUGCUGGAUGCCGAAAAGGAGAAGAAGGCACGAGAGGAGAUGAUCUUGAAGCUCAAACUCGAAGAAGAAGAGAAGAAGAGGAAGGAAAAGGAGGAGUACGAGGCGUUUAUGCGUAAGCAGAAUGAAAGAGAGGAGGAGGAAAAGAAGAAGAAAGAGGCCCAAGAGAAGGAGCUCGAAGAGGCCAUGCGCAAGAGGCUCUCCCAAUUCGGCUUCCAGGAUAACCAGAUCCAAGUACUCGUGAAUCCUGAGAAGCAACGCGAGGUGCAACAGGGCAUGUUGCCAAACAACCCCAUUCCUCAAAUCGCACCCCCUCAACACCACCACCAUCACCACGCAAUUACGCACACGCCUACCUACGCCAAGGUUCACGUCAGCCAUCUUGAUGUCGAGACGCUGCACUACUAUGAUAUUCCUUAUGAAUACGACGUGAACCCCGAAUACAUCAUUGUCCUCCGUGAGAUGUCGCAACGCGAGACGAACAUUCUCUUUGAACACACGCGUCGCCUUCGCUCGAACCAUGGUAACCGACUCUUUAUCGAAGCCGAGGGCCGCGAUAAGAGGGGCAACAAGGAAUAUGCCUUUGUGCGCAGGAAGUCUCGCUCUCGCUCCAGGAGCGUCGUUGGAGCUUCGUCUAGUCGGACCAAUGUGAGCCUGGGAGAUAUGAUCUGGCGAUAGGUGUUUGUCGCUUCAUGACCACUGAUUUAUGCAUUGGAUUCUUGCUGUUGUUGCAUCUCGCUUGAUUCAUGAUAUACCAGUUGUACUUUUGUCUUGUUGUACUCGUCUUUUCUGCUUGCAAGCAUACGGUAUCUUGUUGUUCUUAGUUGGGAAUAUGAGCUUGUUGCGUUAAUGAAUACAAUCACGACUUAUACAUUGCC